ACCACCCUUCUAUAUAUUAUAAUAUAAAAAAAGGAGAAUAAUUCCAUUUAAUAUAGCACCUAGACACUAAUAAUCAAAGGAAAAAACAGAAGAAAAUUUCAACACCGGGUUAGAAAAAAAGAAGCUGCAAGUUCUUAGAAGUUGAAGAUUGCUCCCUCUUUCCUUUAUAAAGUCUUAAACCCUUUUCCAUUUUUCACCAUCCCCACAUAAUAAUACAUAUUUAUAUCUAUAUGACUAUAUCUAUCUAUAUAUAAACAUUCUCACUGAAUUCCUUCCUAUCCCAAACCUUCCACAACCACAUAACUCUAUAUCUACAUUUUGCAUAACAUAAUUCUAAAACAGAACCAAUUCAAGUUUUGCAUCAAUCAUCACAAUAACAAAUAUAUAACAGUGAUGAAAAUCACGUGGAAAUCAAUAUUUUCAAGCUGUUAUCAGGGUGAAGGUGAGUACACUUCACCUAAAGCAACAACAAAAGAAACAUCAACAAAAGUUGUUGCUACAAAGACAAGUUCUUUUAACAGAAUAUCUCUCACGGAUCUGAGUUUUCCAAGUGCCACAACACUUUCAGAAGAUCUUUCAAUUUCUCUAGCAGGGUCUAAUCUCUAUGUUUUUACACUAGCUGAGCUCAAGAUCAUUACUCAGGGUUUCUCUUCUAGUAAUUUUCUUGGUGAAGGAGGAUUUGGACCUGUUCAUAAAGGUUUCAUUGAUGAUAAGGUUAGAGCUGGACUUGAACCUCAACCUGUGGCUGUUAAGCUCUUAGAUUUGGAUGGUACUCAAGGUCAUAGAGAAUGGCUGACUGAGGUUGUGUUUCUUGGUCAACUAAGACAUCAACACCUUGUGAAGUUGAUUGGAUAUUGCUGUGAAGAAGAACAUAGACUUUUGGUAUAUGAGUAUUUACCAAGAGGAAGCUUAGAGAAUCAAUUAUUUAAAAGAUAUUCAACAUCGUUACCAUGGUCAACAAGAAUGAAAAUUGCUGUUGGAGCUGCAAAAGGUCUAGCUUUUUUACAUGAUGCAAAGAAACCAGUCAUCUACAGAGAUUUCAAAGGUUCAAAUAUCUUAUUAGACUCCGACUAUAAUGCAAAACUCUCUGAUUUUGGCUUGGCAAAAGAUGGUCCUGAAGGAGAUGACACACAUGUUUCAACUAGAGUUAUGGGCACUCAAGGUUAUGCUGCACCUGAAUAUAUCAUGACAGGACAUUUGACAGCAAUGAGUGAUGUGUAUAGUUUUGGAGUUGUUCUCUUGGAGCUAUUAACCGGUAGAAGGUCAGUCGACAAGGUACGUCCACCAAGAGAACAGAAUCUAGUGGAAUGGGCUAGACCAGUGUUAAACGAUGCUCGUAAACUUUCCAGAAUAAUGGAUCCAAGGCUUGAAGGACAGUAUUCUGAGAUGGGAGCAAGAAAAGCAGCUGCAUUGGCUUAUCAAUGUUUAAGCCAUAGACCAAGAAAUAGACCUACAAUGUCUACGGUGGUUAACACUCUUGAACCUCUCAAGGAUUUUGAUGACAUUCCAAUAGGUCCUUUUGUUUACACAGUUCCAACUGAUGUUAGUAAUAAUGAGGUGCAAAAAGAAAGUGCUACUAUUGAAACACCAAAGGAGAGAAAAAGGGAAAGUAGUAGUAGUAGUACUAGUACUCAUCAUCAUCAUCGUAGAAAUCAAGAUGUCAAUAAUAGCCCUAAGCCAAAGCAUCUUAUUAUUGAUAAUAACAAUAAUGAAGUACUAGUACAUAAAAAAGAUGGAGAAGAAUAUUAUGAUACACCUAAGGAGAAGAAAAGGGAAAAUGGUCAUCGUCAUAGAAGUCAUCAUCAUCAUCAUCGCCACAAUGGCCAUAAACAUCCACUUAAAUCACCAAAAACAAAAUCAUCAAAUGAGGGACAACAAAGUGGGUCACACUCAUCACCAGAUACCUCCUCUAUUACAUCAGAAAGCCAAGGAAAUUAAGGAAAUUAAGUAUAGUUUAGUAGAGACGUACCAAGAUCAUACACUGUUAAUUGUAUAUAGUAUGUCAAUGAGCUGGCUUCAAGCAAAAAGGAGAAGUGGAUAUUCAAUGGUCCUAGCAUGGAAAGCAUGCUUGAUUUUUUGUUUUCUUUCGUUUACUUAUUAUUAUUUUUCUAUUUAUUCAGGAAGUUGAUUAUUUUUAAUUGUGUAUACAACAGUGAAUUUUGUUCCUUUGAUUAAUCAGUUACUUAAAUAUAUUAUUUUUUGUUUUUGAUUUUUA